AUGUCGCCAUCACCAGCUCAGAAGAAUAUGCACCUGGCCAUUUAUUUUAUCACCAUCCUCACUGGAUUCCCAACAAACCUACUGGCGCUCCAUGCCUUGAUCCGAAAGCUGCGCAACAAGGCCACGCCCAAUGCCAUCCUCCUCUUCAACUUGACUAUUUCAGAUCUAUCGUUCCUAACGUUCCUCCCUUUCAAGGUAGCUGAAAUCUAUCAAGGCCAGUGGAAAAUGCCAUCGUUCCUAUGCCCUCUCAGUGGCUUGUUCUACUUCAGCACCAUUUACUCCUCCACCUUGUUCCUGACUGCUGUCAGUGUUGAGAGGUUCCUGGGAGUGGCCUACCCUCUAAAAUACAAACUGUAUCGCAACCCCAGCUAUGCCGCAGCUAUAAGUGGCUUCUUGUGGGUCUGUUCCUUUGCUCACUGUAGCAUUGUCUACGUUACGGAAUACAACCAUGAUGCCAAUACCAGUAUGAGGAUUGUCUGUUACGACAACUUCACUGAGAAACAGAUGGAAGUCCUUGGGCCUUUUCGCCUUGAGUUAGGAAUAGUGCUUUUCUGCUUUCCAUUCCUCAUAACCUGCUUCUGCUACUGCAGCUUUAUCAGGAUUCUGGUAUCUUCUCCCCAUAUCCACAGAGAGAAGAAGCAAAGGGCCAUUGGACUGGUCAUUACCACUUUGAGUGUCUUCGCUAUAUGCUUCGCUCCUUACAAUGCUUCUCACUUGGUUGGGUUUGUGCAGAGGAAGAACGUAGCUUGGAGAGAUGAGGCCCUGCUCCUCAGUACCCUCAACGCUUGCCUGGAUCCCAUCAUAUUUUACUUCUCUUCCACUGCCGUACAGCAUUCCUGCAGGAGCUGCUUAGUAAAGCUGGGCCUCUGUAAAACUCAUUCAACACUUCAAAAAAUUAUCGGCAAACCCCACAUGAAAACUAGCCCACCUGACAUUUCUGAUAGCCAAAUUCAUAGUUCAAAGUUUUAAUAUUUCAAAGUUGUGACCAAGACUUAUCAUGGUGAUGUUACUAUUGUCGCAAAACCAUCUAAAGGGGGGGAUUACUUGGGCCCAGUGCGUGUAUCAAAAGGAUACAAUGGUACAUUCCAAUAAUAUACAGAUGUGUGACAAUGGCUCCUGCAGUGGUAUGAUCCCAGGACUUUUAGGGGGUUAUUUAUCAAAAUCCAAAAAUAUCACAUUUAUUUCUGAAAUAAACUCCGACCGAAU